UCGUGAACCUGUGAUCGUGCAGUGUCGUUCAUCGUGCAACUUGCAACACAAUCGUCGUGAAGGACUGAAGAGUCAGCAUUUCGGGAAUCACGUCUUAUCGCAUCAAUGCUCGAGGCAUUCGCCGUAUUAGCCGCCUUAUCAAUACCAUGUCAGGCUCGAAACCAACAAGACUAUUACAUACAACAGAUAGAUUCAAGCCCCGGACUUUAUUUCGACUAUCUUGGUUACCUGAAAAUCAACAGCGGACAACUAAACGUCAUAAUGCCGUUUGACUUAUCCCAUUUCAACUCACAUAUUGAAAACAUAAACUCAGCCCUGACCAUAGCUCAAGAUUUAUGUAAAAAGACUGGAUUGGCUCAAGUCGAAAUAAGCUGUCAUAAUAUGAUAAGUCCUUUGGUUGCGCGAUAUUCAGAUAUGUAUAAGGAAUUUUCGUCCAUUUCACAUUUAUUAGAGAAAAGAUCAAAACGAGCUUUGAUAGGUGGAGCAGGAACAAUAAUAAAACAAAUAUUCGGAAAUUUAGAUGAAACCGACGGUCUCCGGUUUAAUGAUGCCAUUACUUCUCUACAUGAAAAUCAAAUUAAAUUGGCUUCACUGAUGAAAAACAAUAUUUUAUUAACUACAUCAACAAUCUCAUCAUAUAAUGAUACAGUAAACAAAAUAAGGGUCAAUGAAAUCAAUUUAAAUAAGGCUAUCGACAAACUCUCAAUAAAACUAGCAAACGUCACUAACGAAACAAAUCAAAUGUUGUUACAUUUUAAUAUGUAUCAAAUUCUUAAUAAUUUAGAAACCUCAAUCUUAACUUUGUCAUUCCAACUGGAAGAUUUAACAAAUGCAGUUCUAUUUGGCAACCAAAAUAUUCUGCAUCCAUCAGUAAUUACCCCGCAACAAUUAUUUAAAGAGCUCGUCGAUAACCAUCAGUAUUUGCCUAGCGAUCUGAAAUUACCUGUAAAAUUAGAUAUAAGUUCCAUUAAUGUUAUUGUAAAUGUAUCUAGGCUAAUUUAUCACUAUACUAACAAUAAGAUAUUUUUUAUAUUACAGAUACCUUUAGUCUCUAUCCCUGAAUAUGUUUUAUUUCACAGUGUUGCUCUACCAACGCCACAUAAUCUAGAUAAGCCCAAUACUUUUAGUCUCAUAUUACCCAGCUCUAAAUACAUAGCAAUGACAAAAGACAAAACACAUUAUUGUACCUUAAAUGAUCUAGAUAUUUGUAAGAAUAUUAUCAAAGUAAUCACUGCAGCUGAAAGUCCUCUGCAGCAUACCGUCACUACAUAA